CCUGGAAUCUUCUGUUCCUAUUUCAAAAUGCUGUUCCGCGUGAUCAUCUCCCCACAGAACAUUCAAAAAGUUAGACUUGAUCCUGUUCCAGAUUCUGUUGAUGGCCUCAAGCUUGAACUCAAAAGCAAGCUCCAGCUAAAAGAUUCUUUUGACCUUCAAUAUGAAGAUGAAGACUUCCAUGAUUUCUGUAACCUUACCUGCGUAGCUGAUCUGCCCAAAGACAAGGUGACACUGAAGGUCCUUUUUACCUUUCCAGAUACAUUGUCAGACUCCAGUUUAGACACUACAAUUUUAGGUGAAUCGUCAUCUCCAUCAACUUCUUCACCCAGCAUCCAUUCAGAGUUAUCUGCCGCCCGUUCGCAGCCAUGGCCAACCACCUUUCCCAUCCCUGUUUUUACUUAUGAUGUGGAGCUGAGGCUAAGACAAGGUAAUGAGGCAUUUCGAAAGGAUGGAACACUUCUGUCAAUUCCCAGAGACAUUAAGAUUGAAAUUCUUGAGAAACUCGCAGAAAAUAUAUACUCAUACAAAGCCUAUCCUGGGAAUGAAGAGAUUGAGAGUGUAGCGGCUGCCUUAAUUGAAAAACACCCCUGUCUCAAAGAGCCAAGCUCCACAUCUGGUUUGUAUGGGUGGAAAAUUAGUUUGAAAUUUAAAAUGGGCAAUUACAGACAAAAGCUGAGAGAUGCUGGUUGUCAGGAACUGAAAGUGAAUUCUGAAAGGAGAAGUCUUGGGGAGACAAGAGGAAAGCGAAACAAAGUCAAGAAACCAAGACGCUGUGAAACUAAUUUUCUACCAGAUCUACCUCAGGGCAAAGACCGGGAAAGUCUAGAAAAGGAAAGAGAGCAAAUGGCUGUGGAGAUGAUGAAGAGGACUCCAGACAUUACAUUGGUUGAUGCUGCUAUGAGCAGCACAUAUUCUUUGAGAAGCCAAGAAGUCGUUGAUGAGGAGCCACCAGUGUCACAAAUGAAAAUCCGAUGGCCAGCAAUUUUCACUGAGAGACAGAUCAGCAAAGAAUUCACCAGGCUUGUGUCAAAGGAUCUGAGCAAGUCCUUUUUGGAAGGCCUAGAUGGUCAUCUCUCAAAGCUGAUACAGUUAUUCCGAUCAAAGCGUUAUGAGGACAUUCCAGAAAUGACUUCAAUACUGGAGAGCCUUGAUAAGAAUCUGUCCUUCCAUCUCCUGAGAUAA